AUGGGUUCUGAUGGUUCUCGUGUUACGCGUUUUCUUGCGGAGUUGGCAUCUGAAUUUAAGAUUCGUGACAUGGGGGUUCCGUCUUUCUUUAUUGGCAUAGAAAAGGUCCCGUGGAAUGAUGGCUUGCUUCUGUGUCAGCGACGCUAUAUGCAGGAUAUUCUGAAACGUGCAAAUAUGGUUGACUAUAAGCCUCUAGUUACUCCGGUUUCUCUUACUCGGCCCUCUACGGAUGUUCCGACUCCUUAUGCGGAUCCCACGCAAUAUCGGAGUCUUGCUGGGGUGCUGCAGUAUCUUACCGUUACGAGACCGGAUCUCUCCUAUGCGAUUUCUUCAGUUGCGGUUCAUGGAUUCUCAGAUUCGGACUGGACUGGCGAUCCGGAUGAUAGGAAGUCCACUUGCGGGUUUGCGGGUUUUCUUGGCAACAAUCUGAUUUCCUGGGCCUGUCGGAAGCAAUGCACUGUGGCUCGGUCAUCCACUGAGGCUGAGUACAAAGGCCUUGCUGAUGUCUUUGCAGAGGUUACGUGGCUGGUUUCUUUGCUCCGUGAGCUUGGGGUCGGUAUGGCGGUGGUGCCUUCUCUUUGGUGUGAUAAUUUAGGGGUCACGUAUCUUUGUGCCAAUCCUGUGUUUCAUGCUAGAAUGAAGCACGUGGAAAUCGAUUACCAUUUUGUUCGUGACAAGAUGGCUAAGAAGGAGUUACAGGUGCAUUCUAUUUUCACUAAAGAUCAAGUGGCGGAUCGGAUGUCUUCACAAAACCGCUACCUAGUCCACAGUUCAUGUUUCUUCGUGGCAAGCUCAAUGUAA